CACAUAUUUACACAAUUGUAUAUAGAUAUAUAUCUAUAUUUUAAACAUGUCAGUUGUGUGCAUGUCUAUUUAUCCUAUAAAAAUUAAGCGACACCAUGAACAUACACCGACUGUGUCAGUUAGUAAUGCCGGUAAUAGAAAACUGCCUGAAGAAGAACAGGAAGAACAAGAUUAUCGUUUAUCAAGCAUAAAUUCAACAGAAUAAUUUUUCAAUCGAUCUGUAAACAUACAAAAAAAAAAAAACUGUGAAAGAACAUAAAGAAAAAAAGUUGCCUUCAAUCUCAAGACAAUAAUAAACUGAAGUGAAAAGUUGAACAUUCAUUUUUUUUUUUACCUAUUUCUGUUCUAUUCACUUCUGUUUAAUAUAACCAACCACCUUGUUGUAUUCUAUCUAUGCAACAUUAUGAAGCCUCAUGAUAAAUAUCACAUACUGAAUAAGUAUAGUACAUAUGGAUUUAUUCUCAUAUCUAUUUUUAUAUUAUCAAAUAUAUGCAUAACAUAUACAAAUGGAGCAGCGACCUGCAUACCAUCACCGAAUUGCACAGAAUGCACUUGUAUGGGAAUACCUGGACCAAAGGGUGAUCUUGGAGCUCGUGGUCAUGUAGGUAGACCAGGUCCUGUUGGACAACGUGGAUUGCCUGGUCCACCUGGUCCAGAAGGUGAACGAGGUAUACCUGGUAUACCAGGUGAUCCUGGACCUAAAGGAAUUAUGGGUGAUAAAGGUGUUUUGGGUGUACCGGGUGUUGAUGGUCUUAAAGUAAGUAAUAGUUAUUUUUUUUUAAAAAGGCUGUUUGGUCUAUCAGGAACAUGCGCCAAAUGUCGAGUUCAAAUCCCUCCAAAUGAAUUAGUAAUGAGAUGUCAAGAUAAAGUAUAUCAUGUGAAUUGUUUUUGUUGUACUCAUUGUCAUUCUCCAUUGCAUCCCGGUGAUAAAGUAUGUUUUAUGGAUGGUAAUUUAUUUUGUGAACAUGAAUUUCCUCAUUUAUUUUCUGGACCACCAAAACUAACUUCAUUAAGAUUAACAUCAUCUUCUUCAAGUCCUUGUACUUCAAAUGAUUCUGAAAUUUGUCGUAAUCAAAUGAAUAUUGAAUUACCAACAAAAAUAAAUGGUGCAUCAUCUUCUAGAUCGUUCAAUAUGAAUUCUGCAUCAUUAGAACAGCAACAACAACAGCCAUCUGGCAAUAUGCUUAAUCCUAAACUUAUGUUUUCACAAUCUGAUAUUAUUUCAUCACUUAGUCCUCAUCCAUCCAGUCCAAGUAUGUCAUUUCCUAGUAGUAGUAAUAUGCAACCUAAUCAAGAUAAUAAUCAACAACUUAUUCAACAUGGAUUUUAUGUUACAGACGUUGAACAAUCAUUCAAUGAUACAUCUAAUAUUGUACAAAAUACAUCUGAAAAACCUUUAAAAUCAUCAAUGAUUAAUACAGCAGCAGCAGCAGCUAAUGAAACAACUAAUGGUCGUAAAAAACAACAAAAAAAAGUAGAUAACCGUCGUUGUCCUGCACUUCGUGUUUGUUAAACUUCAAAGACUGACUAUAUUGUGAUUGGUCCUUUAGAAGAACCACAAUUCUCUUUCGCCAAUUUUUUGAAACUUUACUUCAUAAGAGAGAGUUGAACGUUAAUCUUUUUCUGUUUCUUUUUUUUUGUAAUAAAAAAAUUUACCAGACUAUUUGAAAACAAUGUACUAUCUCUAUCAAUUAAAACGUUCAAUAUUCAUUAUUCUUUGUUACAACAGUUUGUACAAAUAUUUCUUUUGUCCCAUCUUUAAUACUGUGCAGAUAUAAAUAAGCACUUAAAUCUCAUGUUUUAAAGAAUU